UUCUACCGUGAGCUCCAUGCAAUUAUGGGGGGUGACGCCACCACUGCCCGGGACCACUGUCCGUGGACAACUGCAAGUGGGGAGUUACACGGAGUGAGGAGGAAGAGACAUUGGAGGACGAAGAGGAAGAGGAGGAGAAGGAGGACAGCGCACAGGCGGCAAGUGGGGAAUCUGUUUUCCUCCCCAGCCAGGCAGGAACUAUUCUUAACGCUGGAGCCAAUAGCCUCCCCCCACUCCCAAGGCAGGCUCCUGGACCAUGACCCUAGAGAAUGUAUUUCUGGUUCAAAUGUUUCAACGCGGCCCCUGUCUACUCCAUUCCAGAGGCUGGUCCAGAUUAGAAGGCAGAAAAAACAAACUCAGGAUGACGUGUUUGCUGAGCUCAUGCAAUCCUCCUGCACUGAUAGGGCCCAGCUGAAUGCAUGGAGGCAAACAAUUGCGGAGUCCCAUAAAGAAUUACAGGAACAUGAAGAGAGGAGGGACGCGUGUGAUGAGAGCAGGCAGGAUGCUAUGGUCAAGCUCAUGGGGGAGCAAACUGACAUGCUCCGCUGUAUGGUGGAUCUAAUGUGGGAAAGGCAGCAAGACCUCAGACUGCUGCUCCAGCCCCUGUAUAACCACCCUCCCUCCUCCCCAAGUUCCAGAGCCUCCUCACCCAGACGCCCAAGAACAGGAGGGGGGAGGCUACGGGGACCCACAUACUUAACCCCAGAGGAUCAUCCAAGCAGCAGAAAAAUGGCAUAUGUGAACUUUUUAUUUGGUUUCUGGACUUGUCCUUCCCUUCUCCUCCACCCCCAUAACCCAAUAGCUCCCCCCCCCUCGACUGAUGUUUAUAAAAAGAAUCUCACUAUGGCAAUGAUCCCAAGUGGCAAAGUGGAAGGGACCAAAUGGUUUAAUUAA